AUGAUAAGAAUCUGACUUUUCCUUUUCUUAAGACCCGUUUUUCCUCAAACAUUUACUCUAAUUCCUGCAACUGGGACACCUCCAGGUGAAAGACAAUACCACAUUCUUGAUUUAUACGAAAAAGACAAUUCCUUGAUCACAUUUGGAGGCAAUCAAGGGGUUUCAAGACUUUAUAAUGAUGUUUGGAAAUUUUCAUUGUCAGAAUCACGCUGAUAUGAACUUCAAGCCUCUUCUCAAAUGACUCCUUGUAAGCACUAAGCAGCACAAAGGUAUAAUCUUGGAGGCUUCGUCGACUCAAAUAACGACUAUCUCUAUGUGUUUGGUGGAAGUUCAGCAAAUGGGCCUCAAAAUGACAUGUGGCAGUUUGAUCUAGUGAGUUAUCAGUGAAUGAUUGUAUCUCAGAAUGGGGCCAUUCCUUCUCCUAGGUCUCGCUUUGCAUAUGUUCAUUAUAAAGACAAAAAUGAUAAUAAGUUGAAAUUUGCUAUCUAUGGAGGAACUUUGUCAACUGGCUAUGAUAACAAUUUAUACAUGUAAUAGAUAAUUAGAUUUGACUUGGAAAGCGCAACUUGGUCACUUAAAAGCUCAGGAGGUGUUUCAGUCCCAAAAUUAAACGCACCUACAAUCCAAUAUUGAAAUGGAUAUAUUUACCUUGCCGGCGGGCAAGGAAUUCAUGGAACAGCUUCUGAGUACAAUCACAAUUUUUUCAGGUACGACUUGGCCAAUAGUGUGUGAGAAGAUAUAACUAGCAGUUCAAACCCAUAUAGUUACAGGUAUCUUACUGGGAGCGCUAUAUAUAAUGAUGAAUUUUAUUUGCUUUUUGGCUGAUCUGACCUUAUAGGAGCAGAUCUAGGAAAUAUAAUGAAAGUGAGUUUAACUGGGUCAAACUAUAGCUGGUCCAAUGUGACUAUAGUAUAAUUUAUGCGCCAUAAUAGACCCUAUACCCCAGCAGAAUAACGAUAGAAAAAUAUAAUCCAAGGCACCUGCCUUAUACAGUUUAAUUCUGAUUAGGCAUCUUAAAACCAUAAACGUAAAUUUGUCAUUUUCGUUUUAACUUUUCAAAAAAGCUGACAAAAGCAAGUUAAUUUUGAAAAUUAAAAUAGAUGUCAAUAAUGAUCUAAAAUAUUUUAGGGGGCUAUAGAAGACGAAAAUUGAAACAUGAUUCGUCGAGAUUCUUAUGCAUUUUUUGGCAGUAGCAGUGGCUCUGUGUACAUAUUUGGAGGCUAUAGCUCAAGCUAUAAUGUAACGAUUAUGAACAAUUUAAUUAAACUUGAUCUAACUAGCUCAGAAAUCACAUAUACAGUUUUAAGCUAUGAGUUUAAAAGCCCUAGUCCUAGGAAAAGCCAUUCAUUGUGCUCUUCUGAAGCGAAACUGUACUUAUUCGGAGGUCAAAAUGGAAAUGACUAUUAUAAUGACUUAUGGGAGCUGGACCCAGAAAAUCCUACUUCUUGGCAAUCAAUUCUCACAAGUGGGGACAUUCCAUCACCUAGAUCAGGGCACGCUUCUGAUUCUCAAGGAGAUCUAGUGGUCAUAUUUGGAGGAUACGAUGGAACUUCAUACUUGAAUGAUUUAUAUUAUUUGAACCUGAUAACGAAUAGCUGGAAUCAAAUCAUAAAUUAAAAUGGCGACACAUACCAACAAGCCCUCUUGGCGCAACAGUUCAGCCCUUAUGGCCACGACGAACUGGGAUGGACUCCGAGUCAAGAAUCAAUUGCAGGCUCAAGAUAUGUGUAUCCGAGUAGGUUUAAGCUACUUUCCUGCGGCUUAAAAAUGGAGUUGCCCAACUGGGCCCUUUUGGAUCUGAGAACUCAUAGAUAUUCCUGUACCAAGAAAUUGGGAUUUCAGCCCAAGCCAUAGUGGAAUAGCCUUUUUCCUGCAGCUGUCGAAGGCACUUCGGCACCUGACAUACUCGAAGGAUCCUUGGAAUCAGCCUUCUUUUAUAGCCUAACCUAGCUGGAAAGAAGUCAUCCCAAGCUCUAUAGAUUUACCUGCAGGUCGUGUUGAAGCUUGUAUGAAGGUUUAUUUGCCUUAUGUUUUCAUUUUUGGAGGGAAAACCGAAUCUGGAAUUACAAAUGACUUGUGGUUGUACAACACAGGGACGAACUCUUAUAAACUUUUAUAUGAAGUUGCUUUAGGGAAUCAUCCAUUGCCAGUUUAUGGGCAUAGUUGUGAUUUAGGUUAGGUAUUAAAAUCAGGCGUUAGCCAUAUUGGUGACGCAGUCACUAAAAAAAACCUUCCGUACUGGAGGUUCAUCAGCUUUUCGACUCCAACCCAGAGGGUUUAUAUCCCAAAAAUUGGUGCCACUCCUGGUACCUUCUGUCUACUGCUUUCUUGAGCCUUCAGUCUUGAAUGCUUAUGGAUUUCUGCAGCCCUUAUACGGGCGGUUGGAGUAGCUUGAUUCCAAGGAUCAGCUCCUUGGAGUUUGUAGGGUGUUGAAGUGCCUUCGAUCGCUAUAGGAAAAAGACUAUUCCUCUGGUCUGGGCUGAAACCCCCAGUUUAUCGGUAGAGGAAUGCCCAUAGAUCCUCGGGUUUCAAAAGGAUACUAAUGGGCAUCUCGAUUUUCAACAACAGAAAGCAGGCAAAACUUACCCGGAUGCAUAUCUCUAUACCUGCACUUGAUUCUUUACUAGUAGUCCGUCCUAGUUCCCUGUGGCCAUAAGGUCCGGACUGUUGAACCAAAAGGGCAGGCUGAUGCGUGUUGCCAUCUUAAUGUAUGGCAUAGUUGUGAGUUAGCAGCUGAUACCUAUGGGAAUAUUCUUUUCUAUACAAUGCUAGGAUCAACUGAUGGAGAGGAGCCUAUAGGUAAUGUUGACGUUUUUAAUAUGACUCUGCAGCACUGAGUGAAUCUCUAUCUUGAAGAAAGUGGCAAAAAUGCAAGAGCCAAUGCUGCUGUCAAGCUUAAUAAAUAUAAUGAAGUUGGUGUCCUAGGUGGACAAGCAUGAGGAACAGAUUUAAAGCCUAGUAUCUUUGUUCUUAAUUUAGAUACUGAUACAAUUACUUCUCAAAACUCCAUGGAAGACUAUUUUUAUUCGUCUGCUUCUUUAUAUUACAAGAAGAGCUUUUACAUUCAAGGAGGAGGGUCAGUUGCUGGGGAAGCAAUGCGAGCAUUUUUGGCACAAGGCAGUUUCAUAAAAAUUGAGCUUGCUUGCGAUACGUCCACAAAUACUUCAUGCCAUUGGACUUGUAGUCCUGGAACUUAUAUUCAAAACAAUGCUUGUGUGCCAUGUCCUGCAGGCACAUUCAAUCCUUCUUAUGGUGCCACAACUUGUUUCAGCUGUCCAUCAGGGACAUUUAACCCUACAAAAGGUGCGAAUACAGCUUAUCAAUGCUACCCAUGCGAUUCAAGCUCUUACAAUUCAUUUGAAGGCUCAGCUACUUGCAGGGCCUGCCCUGUUAAUAAAUACUGCCCCGUUGGAAGUUCAUCACCUCUAGAGACUGACUCAAUCAAUUCUUAUUCAUCAAGCCAACCAUCAUUAUUUGAUACCUCUUCUUAUAACUCGGACGCAGAUGACGCUUUUAACGCCAUGAUAACUACAGUUUGUGUGCUUUUCUUCAUCAUUUUUAUUCUAUUUGUGUCAAUUAACUUUUUGAGAGACAAGCUGAAAGCACUCGACCUCUACAAAGAAGGCCACAACUAUCAGCUUUUUCAAAUCAUGAAAAGACACAGCACCAAACUUGGAGGGACAUUUACGAUAGUCUUCCUGGUAGCUGCGAUUAUUUUAAUUUGCGAUGCAUGGAUUGUGUACGCCAAAAAUAAUAUAUAUGAAGAUAAGUCACUUGUGCCACUUGUUGCUUUGGAAAAUGAACUGACUGAUUUUCCUGCAACCGUGAAUAUAGAGGUUGUUUUGUAUAGAUAUGGAGGAAACUGUGUGGAUAAUGGCAAAUGUGAGUCUUCGCUGCUUAAAACUCUUCAUGAGAUCUCGUAUUCUUGGAUGGAGCUGAAGUGCAGCCGAUCUGAAGGAAAUUGCCACAUUUCAUUUUCUUUUGCAAGCUGCGUUAUUAGCACUGGAGCAUAUAUUGAAUUAGACCUGCAAGAAAAGCAGAGCUACACUUCUGCUAUAAGUGUCAGCUUGAAUUCAUCUUCUUCAAUUCCGAAUCAAUUUAGCAGCAUUUCUCAAUCGCUACUGCCACAAAAAAAUCAGGUAUUCAGAGGAGCUAAUCCAAGUAAAUUUUAUUUUUCGAUGAUUCCUUCACUUUUUAGGUCUUAUGUAUCUGACUGGCCAGACAAACUUACAGGCUAUCAUGUCUCCUAUAACACUCCGCCUGAAGCUGGCUCUCAAUAUGCAAUUAAAAAGUAAUAUUUAUCAUAGUUUGCCUUUCACUUCGAACUUAAAGCUGAUGAUUAUGCUGAAUAAAGACUUAAAUAGCGUCUACACACAAAGGUUCGAGAAGCAAGGCUGACUCACUGUGCUAAGUGCACUUUUAGGAUCAGUUUUUGGAGCCAUGGGGGCUGUGAGUGGGGUGAUGAGGAUUGUUGAAAAAAACUAUAAAGGUUGGAAAUCAGCCAGAGAAACUAAGAUGACUGGAGCGGAUAUUUCAGAAAGAGGUGAUGCAAUUCAAGAAAUGCUGAACUUAUAUGAUAAAAGUGAUGGAAUGCCAAAUCCAACAAAGUAUGAUAAUACAAAAACAGAGUCAGCAGACAUGGAGCUCAAGCUUAUGAUAUAA